UCUUCCUCUGAAAUGAUAAGCGCAUCCGGAAAUCUGCACUGUGGCAGCCACCGAAGCGCCACGUUCACUGAGCUUUGUACUUUGUGAAGAAACUUACGUCCUCGCCUCUCUGGGUGCCAUUCUUUUCCUAGAAGCCACCAUGUCUGCCAGCCAGAACCAAGUCAAGUCCUACGGAUUCGGUCUCAAGGCUCUCAAGAAGUUCCCUGAGGUCCUCCCCUUGGUUAGCAUCAUGGGCGUUGCCACGGUGGGCGUGAGUGCAUUCUGCCUCUAUGCCCUCUUUGAGAAAACCGACGUCAAGAUCAACAGGAGUGACUUGGCUCGCUGGGACAAAAUCGACGUCAACCAACCGCAAAAGCUGAUGACCCUCAACCAGUCCUACGGCGAGGACCCCAAGAUCACCGCCCUGAAGAAGGAGAUCGCCGAUGCCUACAAGGGCCAGUAAGAAGCCAGGUCAAGCUGACGCCACCGAUGCCACCUCCAGCUACUCCUCCUCCACCUGUUCCACCUCCACCUCCCCUUCCACCUCCCCCGGCCUCUGCACCACCGCCGCGUCGCUUCUGUCUUCGAUGUUCGUUGUCACCCCGCGCCCUGCACGGCUUGUACCUCCUCCUUCGGUGCCUGUGUGGCUCCUGUUCGCGCGCCCCGACCCGCUAUUCGACUCAGGAGACGCAAAUGCCGCGAGCUGUUUCUAGUCGAACAGGGAGACACGACCUCCGUGGAUGUACGCCUUGUUCUUCUGGUCGCGAGGGAAGGGCGGCGAGAACAGCCCGCUAUGGAGACAAUAACAGCUCGCUCGGCCCGCGAUGAAUAUUUGAAGAGCACUUUCCUCCCGCCGGCGGAGACAGAUAGCGCCUCUGCCGCAGGAUGCAGCACCGCUUCCCGCGAUUGAGCAAGGGCGUUCACCUCCAGCCUGUGACGGAGGAGAGCUUAGCGGUAUUUCAUGAUGGAGGCUCGACCAGCAGCCCCGUUUCAUGGUGGAGGCGCAGCUGGCACCUCCGUCUUACACUGGAGGUCCUGCUGGCGCCAGUCCCUGUACUUCUAUGCCAAGACGGAGCCAUGCACGACAUGACGAGAGCAUUAGCAGCGCUCCCACCAUCGUGACGGCGGCUCGGCCAGCGGCGGCUCUUUCCCCGAAGCGAUCAGCAGGAACCGUCGACAGCAGCUCCUCCGCGGCGGAUUCGAAGGGAGCCCCGUGGCGACGCCAAGCCCCGAGGUUCAGAUUCCGGAGCGUCGUGGCGCGGCGUCGGCGGAGAUUUCGCCGAGCGCGGCCCUCCUGAAGGUCAGGAUCAAUACCGGUUAUCGGAGCCUCGGCUGUGUCACCUGCGAAGAGGGUGCGGGCGGCCCUGGGCGCGGCGCCGCUCGCUCAUCCCGGAGCUGCGUCGCCCGAGGCCCCGGCGCCCUCGCCUGCGGGGAAUCCUCGGGGGAGCGGGGAAGGGAACAGCUAACGACGUGACCGCAUUAGCCGCAUUAGGCAAAUCCCCUUCGUUAAGGUCAGAGGAGGACGACCUUUCCGCGCGGAGAAGUUCAGAAAACGCGCGAUGAAAUAUUCAGAAUAUCAUUCAGCUUCUCCCUCCGCUGGAAGAGCAACGACGCUCUCAUAGGCCAGCGCGACCCGCCCUCGCCUCUCGCCCCCCCCCCCCCCCCCCCCCCGCCGCCGCCUUCCUCUGGAGGCAAGCUGGCAUUUCAGCACGAGUGUAUUGUAAUGCGUGUACUGUAGAAGACGCCGUAGAAAAGGAGAACAGCGGAGAGCAGUGGUGUCUCGGUGGCGCCCGCUGCUGUAAUGACCAUUCCACAGGCGAGACUCCCAUCCUUGCUUUUUUUUUCUCUCUCUCUCUUUUUAUCUUUCUAUUUUUUCUCUCCCUCUCUUUCUCGCUCUUCUAUUUUUACCUGGCAGGUGUUCGGGGUCAUUGCCUUCGAGGCCAGGAUGACCUAGGCUUAGACACAGUUUCUUGCCGGAUUGUCUUUCAACUUUUUCUUUCUCUUUUCGUUUGUCUUCAGUCCUUUCGUUAACCUUUCUUCCGUUUUAAAGCUCCCUUGCCCACUCCGCUCUCGCUCUUAGGAGUUAGCAUGACCUUAACUUUUGCUUGGAUUUUGUCUCUUUUCUUCACAACUAUUUGUCUGUCAAUCUGUCUACCUGUCCGUUUAUCUGUCGUUUUAUCUAUCUACCUAUUUCUAAAUCUUUGUGCCUAUAUAUGUAUAUAUAUAUAGGUAUAUGCAUAUAUAUAUAUAUAUAUAUAUAUAUAUAUAUAUAUAUAUAUAUAUAUAUAUGUAUGUAUGUAUGUAUGUAUGUAUGUAUGUAUGUAUGUAUAUAUACACAUCCAUCUGGUGUAUCUAUCUAUCACAUCAUAUUUCCAUCCAUCUUUCUCUUUCUCUCUCUCUCUCUCUCUCUCUCUCUCUCUCUCUCUCUCUCUCUCUCUCUCUCUCUCUCUCUCUCUCUCUCUCUCUCUCUCUCUCUCUCUCCAUCCCCUCUUCUCUUAUCUCCCUCUUCUUCCCUCCUAAACAUCUAUGUACACCUACCUGUUUAUCGAUUUGUUUAUUUUCCCCGCUUGCCUCUAUCCCCCUGAAAUAACAAAUAACAGCGCCACAACAACAAUAAAGCUGACGUAUCGAGUUCAUAAAUGCUUUGAUUGGAUUUUCGCUUAAAAAGGAAUGGGAGUCUUUGUUAGUAGUAGUCUUCAUAGACAAUAAAUGUGACAAUAACCAUGUGAUUGCUCUUUGUUGAUUGGUUUUACUCGAUGUAUAUUCUUCUAAUAAAAAAAAGGAAAUUUGGCUUGAUGGCUGUGUAGAAAUAAAGACUAUAUAAUGUA